UUCGUCCUUGUGCUGCUUGUGCGGUCUCAUCCGAUUCCAUCGACUUGCAGAUUGAAAAUAUUUGCUUCAGUGUUACGAAAUGUCACAUAUCCUUGUUAAAUGGGCAACCAGCGAGGAGUGGGAUGUGUAUCCAACAAGAUCCAUGGCAGAUGUAGCGACCGCGACAUCGAUAAUGAAAGAUACAAAGGUUGUAGAGACGUUGACCGGGAAAACCUUCAAAAUAUUGUGGAAAGACAACGAGGCGCCAUGCGACGCUUAUCUGGUUGCUGCUGGUGAGGCUGACAAAAUGGAACGAAAAAGGACAAAACUGGCAGCGCAAGCAAAACGUAGCCCUUCGUCAGCGAUAAAUGCGUGCUGUGAGCAUGUAUCCCAAGUUGAAGAGCUAAAGAAGGAAAAUGCUGCUCUGAAGAUGUCACUGGAUGCUCAGAAAGAUCUAGUUGAUACUUCCAAAAUCCUCAAAAAGCUCCAGCGUUUAGUCAAUAAGCUUGAAGCUUCUGCGCCAGCAACGCCUGCACAGGCUCAAGAGAACAUGGCCGCUGGUACAGCAGGCCGCAGGCGUGCCGUGACAGCCUGGGACGAGCUCCUGGCUGUUCAGCAUGCCAGCGGCCUGGUGGCUACUCUGACAAGGAUUGAGGAAAACUUUCGUGACGCCCCUUCCAAGUUCGCAAGGGCUCUACUGCGUGUUCUCUUCACUGACGCGGAGCUGGAGAACAAAACGCUGUUUGGCCGUCAGGCCAACAGCCACAAAGACCAGCCAGCGAAAGCUGGAUUGGACCAAAAGAGGGUGGCUGCAGUCCUUGUGCUGCAUUCUUGACAAAAGGGGUCGUACUGCACCAAAUGUUUCACCUCGAAACAGAAUAUACAUGCCUGAAAUAUAAAUGCUCGGACGAUAAACUGAAGAGGAGCCUAGGCUCCAUGCUUCAGAAGAUGGGGUCGAGGCAAAGCACCUCCACUGCUGA